AUGCUGCGUUUGAUUGUCGUUACUUUGUGCGUUUCUGCGGCGACUUGCGGUGAUUCAAAGUGCGCUAACGGUGAUUUCCAGUGCGAAUUGGUCGAAUUUUUGGACGAGCUGGACCGCGAGCCGGCCGUCGACGUCCUCGGCCUGACUCUGGUGCGAAAAUCCGGUCAUUUCCGCGCGCGAACCGAUCCCGGAUUAAUAGAACGUUUCGUCCAAUUUGUGGAAAGCCAUGAAGUCAAAAUCGCUCCAUCCAUAACGGACCGGAACUGGGAGAAUGAAGCGAGGACGAAAAAGCUGAAAAAAAUCCUGUUCCCGAUUUUGAUGUUCCUGAAACUGAAAGCAGCGAUUGUGAUUCCGGCGGUUCUGGCCCUGAUGGGGGCCCUUGCUGUUAAGGGAUUCGGCAUGAGUUUGGUGGCGCUGACGGUGGCUGUUGGGGUGGCUCUGAAGAAUUUUGUGGCCGAGGAGCACUACCACCAUGGGCCUAAAGUGGCCUACGAGAUUGUGCCGCAGGUGUGGCAGAGGAAUGCCAUGGAACAGGGGGCCCCGUUGGCCUACCAACCGAUCUCUUAAUGUGAACGCUUCUUUAUUUAUUGGUUUUAAUAAAAUAUUUAAACAAG